AUGGGCCUCAUCCAUUACCAAGCAGCCCCCAGCGAGCCAAGCCUGAGGCUCACCCACCAACCCCACACAAACCGACCGACCCGCGGACCCACAAUCAACCUACCUGCCCCACUAACCCCUCCUUGCGGCCGCCUGCUGGGACAGCAGCUGCCAUCGAUGGCAGGUGGCUCACUUGGCGACUGCUGCCUCUCGAGCUUGCCAGCAUUGCUGACUGGUGUAGUAUUCUUCCUCUUUCUGCCAGCAACAACAUUCACCACCAUCCCACGAGUGCUUGAUCUUGAAGAACAACAACCAACAGAUAAACAACUAUCCCUUAUUUCCACCAAAGAAUCACUUAGUGGAAAGACACAAAAGCCAAACGCCAAGAUGCUCAGUACGCACCCUCACCGGAAAGGAAAUCGAGCUCAACGUCGAGGGCUCCGACAAGGUCUCCAAGAUCAAGGAGCUGGUGGAGGAGAAGGAGGGGAUCCCGCCCGUGCAGCAGAGGUUGAUCUUUGGGGGGAAACAAAUGGUCGACGACAAAACCGCUGAUGACUAUGGGCUUGAGGGUGGCGCGACGUUACAUUUGGUUUUGGCGUUGAGGGGGGAUAAUGGGGGUGGUAGCUGUAAAGGGUUAUGAAUAUAGGCAAUACGGCAGAGUAGGAAAGUUUGGCUGUUGUUAGGUACAGCAAGAUGAGGCAAACAAGGUGAUGAUGAUGGUGG